AUGCAGUCAAAAAGUGUUAAGCUGCCAGAGAGCACUGAAUCAAUUGAAACGAUGGAAGACGGUGGCAUCAUCGAUCACGUUAAUAAGUGGAAGAGUAAACCUGUAACUGAACCUGAACACAAAGCAGCAAUGUUACCAGAACAAAUCGAAUCUAAAACUGUCACUGAUACUAAAUCCAGACUGCAUUGGGAACAACUGGAACCUGAAGUAACAGCCAACACCGAAACGCCUUUUACAAUACCUAAAAGACCUUUUGAGAACAAAAAACGUGUUUCAUCAAUAAUCAGUCUAGGAAAGUAUGUUAUUGAAAACGAAAAUGAAAUUCAAGCUGAAUUAGAGGACACAAAACCAACAACAUCAAAACCACCGGAUAAACAUGACAGACGGAAAAGCGUUUUAUUUGACCAUGAAAUAAACCAGUCAGAAGGACAAGACGAUACAAUGAAAAGCCAUCACAUUCAUUCCUUCAGUAGUCUGACAAUAUCCAAUGAUGACCAUAAUAGUCCAUCGAUCAAAAUAGAAAAACCAAUAUUAUCAUCAUUACAAAAAGCUAAAGACGUCUUUAUUUAUGACGAAAACGACCAAUCGUACGAUAGUGAUAUACAUGCAAAAACUGAAUUAAAUCCUUUUCUCAUAACUUCAGAGCAACAUUUGAACACAAAAACAGAAAGCACUGAUGACGAAAUUAGCACACCUGUUGAUAAAUUUGUUAAAUUAUUAAAUGACCGAGAUAAAACAAUAAAAACUAAUUUGGACGAAAAAAGUCAGAAAAUAGAGACGUCUCUUACUCGCUCAGAAGAAUAUCAAAAACCAACACAAGAAGAAAAAAAAUCACAAUAUGUCUCUCAGUUAAAUACACUGUAUAAAACUGACGGCCCUUUAACACAAGCAGAAAAAAAUUUGGCACGUGCAUUAAGUUCAGAUGAACGAGCCUAUGAUUCGCCAGAUACCGUUAUCAUUCAGGCGAACGAACGUACAACAGCAGCCAACGAAGUAAAUCAAAUAGUCGAAAUGGAACGAACAAAUAGUGAAACAGAUAUUGGUGAACAACAAGACCCUCCAAGCACUAAAAAACUAGCUUAUGCUCCAACAACUGCAGCUACCAAAUCAAAUCUAGUUCCAUUAGUUGAGCAUGCGUCUAUGUAUAAAUUACAAGAGACAGAUCUGGACGAUUAUAAUCAUUUUCAUGAAGAAAAUGUGAUCGAUGCUCUGCUAACGCUUCCUACUAUUACUCAAGAUGAUAGUGAUCUUGAUCAUCCAAAAACAAUAUUUAUUAGUCAAUAUAAUGAUCAAACAACACGUGAUUCUGUUAUUCCUUCAUCAUCAGAUCUAAAUUCAGCUGAAGAAAACAGCAGUAAAAUGUUAUAUAGAAUGCAAAGUCUAGCUAGAGACAGUUCUGAUAUGAAUAAGAAAAGUCAACCUGAAAAAGAUUUAGAUGAACAUGAACUCCUCAAGAGCAAAGAUGUAACAAGAGAACUGAUGAAAAUAGACUUGACUGGAACAUCCGCACUAAAAAGUUUGGAACAAACUAUAUUAAACGUAGUUCAUCAAGAUUUAAAUCAACAAAUUAGUGGCUUGAAUAAUGAUGAGAGUAGUGAAUCAACUCGAAAACGACCUGACAUAGAAAAUGAAUCAUUAACCACUAACACAGCACACAAAAAACGAUCUUAUAUAACGAAUGAAACAUUGAAAUCAAUGGUCAAAGAAUAUUCAACAUUACCAAUGACCGCUGACAAUCAGUCACAACAACCAUCCAAAAGCUCCAGGUCGAUCAAACGUUUCUCGUCUGGGUUUCUCAUGGAAAAAAAAUCGAGAACAACAUCAGCCCUUAAGUUAUAUUUUGCAAAACAAACCGAUAAAAAAUAUGUAUUAGUAACCAAUAGCACAGAAAUGACACCAGGCACACCAACAAUGAUUAGUGCUACAAUGAGAGGGCCGCUAAAACUAUCACUGGCAACAGAAAAAAAGUCUAAAGAGAUCAUCGAUACAACAACAAUGAUACCAUCAAGUAACAGUAAUAUGACAUUUUUGUGUUGUGGUGAAUUAACUGAGAUCAGAAAAGCCUUCGAUAAUUUGUUAAUCACUCCGCACAUGGUUUUUUUAACAACAGAGAACAAACCUAUUGUAGCGCGGGCAAGAGAAUAUAAAAGAAAAUCACAAUCAGCAUUUAUAUUAGCUGAGGUUUCCGAACGAAAACAAAGUCUCGAGCAACAAAAAAAACAGGAGCCUGGUACAGAGACAAACGUUUAUCAGAGUUCGCCAAAACAUGAGCAAAGGAUUAUCGGUGAAUCAGCAAAACUAUCGGUUGAUUCUCAACUAACUGAUGAUAUGGCAGAGAAAUUGAUCGAGAAGAAUGACAAACAAAAACCUUCGAUAACUACUGUUAAUGAUACGGACAGACAGGAAUAUCAUGAAAAGACGAAAGAAGAAAACAGAUCCUCUAUCGAUGAACGAAAAAGUGCACAAACAUUACAUAUUGAUGAAAAAGACGUAAUCAACGAAAAUCGCGACAAAAAUAAACAAAGCGUGAAAAAUUUAUCUUCUGAGGAUGACGAAAAUGAGCAGGCAGUACUUGCUGACUUGAAGAAAAUGAGAGAACAGAACGAGAACAGAGAAUCAAAACUGGAGCACAAACGUCCGAUAGAUGAUAGAAACAGAGAACCAAUAUUCUACUCUAAAGAAGGGACUACAGAGAAGCUACAAAAUCCAAGUAAACAGAUACCUGUUGAUGAUGUUUAUUGGGAAACGAAAAUGAAGAAUAAAUUGUCGACAAAGAUUACUUAUCAUGACAGAGAAGACUCCGCAACAAAGAGGGCUAAUAUGCACUCAAUAAGAGAAGAGCAAACAACUGAGAUCAGCGAACCAGAAAACAGUGUUGGUACGUUAAUCUCAAAACAAAAGUUUGACCAGUCUGAUGACACAGAAAGUAGAGCACAAUUUCUCACUGAGUCAAAUGCAAACAUUGUGAAAAAAGAUGAUCAUCAAUCUUCUAAAAUAUCUCUAAAUGUCAAUCGAUCUCCUAUGAAAUCUGAAACCAUUUCGUCUAAAGAAGAAUCUUACGAUGAUUAUUUUAAAAUUGGAAUGAGAAAGCCAUCAAGUCGUUCAUUAUCAGUGUCAGAAGACAUCGAAACACAAAAGAAUGAUCCAUUAGCCUUAGAUAAAUCAGAAGCUGCCAGAAAAGUCGCGUUCCAAAAAAAUCAAUCUGAUGUUGAACUCAAUCAGCCAGCUUCGUUAUCCGUGACAUAUAAAGAAAUAAAAAGAAUAGAAAAGGAUGUGUUGAUUGGGACAAAAGUAGAAAGGAAAAAAGAUUCAACUACAGAAGAUUAUCACUUAGAAAGACUGGCAACUCUUGAUAUGCUUCCUGCGACCACACCAAGAAAAACACGAGAUAAAGAUGAUUUUUCUAAUUUAACGGUUACAACUAGAUCAUCAUCGAAAGUUUCAGUUGAAGUUCAAAAAUCUGAACUUGAAUUAAUGUCUGAUUUCAUUUCUAUGCGCGUUUCUCAAUCGCAGUUUCGAUUUGAUCCGUCAUCAAAAUCUUCACUGUCCUCGUCCAUAAUUUCAUUAGGUACACAAACGAAAGGAGAAAAAGAAUCAGUUUAUUCGUCAUUGCAAAUAAAUUCGUUAGAGAUUGAAAAGAGCGACUCUACACAAACUCAUGAGAAGACUAUAAUGGAGAAAGAUAAAAAUCUCACAUCGACAUCCAGACUCUCUUUGGGAAAAAUUGAAAAAAAUGAUACAGAGUCAAGCAAAACUGCUCUCGUUCAAACAGGCACAACAGUCGUGUUUCCUGUAUAUCCAACUGAAUUAAUCCAUCAAAGAUCAAAGGAGAAAAACGGCGAUCUACCAGAUGUAGUUGAACAAACAAGAGGUGAGACAAAUUUAAUCACAACAAGGAUUUCAAAAAAUCGAGAAGCUUUGAAAACGAUUGAGAAAAUUACACCUAUAGAAUUAAUCGAUGCUUUUGUGUUGGAGCCAAUCAAGAUGACUGAAGAAGAAUACAUUGCAGAUAAUAUUGAGAAAUUACAAGAUUUAUUCAAUUCAAAUACAUACGAUGACAAAAGAAAAAAAGAUGACACAAAAACAUAUCCAAAAAUAUCUCAUAAGGUUAUUGCAUCGGAUUUUAAUGCGCUUCCAUCGGUGGAUGUGUAUACGAAAAAAUCUCGACUAAUCACCGAUAAAUCUAUAAAAAGUGAACAACAAUUCUUAGAGGCCAAAAAUAUGCCCAAGCUAUUUUCCGUUCAUAAUGCAUUGUACAAACAAUCUAAAAGAUUCCCGUCGAAAGAAAAAAAAGAAACAUCAUUAAAGUUACCAGCUGUUCUCUCAAACACUGAACAAGAUUUAUCAUUCGAUACUGUGAUAGAUUCAUUUGAUGAUCUUAAAAACCAUCAAGAAAGAGCGAAAGAAACAAGCUUAGAAAUAAUCCCCUACGGUCAAAUGCAACAAAUAUCGGGUGUUUCGGACACGUUAAGAAGUUUGUGGAUGCAUUUAAAUGAUGGUGAAAUGUUACUGAUGGCGGAAAAAAAUUCUCAAUGGCCAAAUAAAUACAAAUACGCCCAUCAUCUUAAAUAUGAAUCAAAAACACAGCGAAAGCACGUAUUGUCCAUUACAAAUGUCGGAAAAGAUAUUAUUAGUAGUCAAAAAUCGAAAAAUUUAUCACAAAAAUUACCAUAUAUGUACGGUAAAAUAUGUGAAAAACAACGAUUAGUUGAGGCGAAAGUUUAUGAUCAUCGUAAUCGAGGACAUCAAAAACAUUUUAUACAUUUACCAGUUAGUCAAGUCGAAAAAACUGAUUGUAGAUUAAUACAAAAAAAAUUUGGACGUGUUUGUCCAGGCUCGAUUAUUCAUUUACCAUCGAUUUAUGAUGAUAAAUGGACAAAAUAUUCGCCAACUAGUCAAUUUAUAAAACGUAAUUUCAGAAAUAAAAGAUUAAAGUCAAUCAAUAAAAGAAUAUUUGUAGAUUAUUCAUCAACACUCACCAAUCGUCUUUGCGCUACUCUUUCAUCAGAGAGUGAUAGAGAAUAUGUAUACGAGGAUCAAAAGGCAUUAGAUGCCAUGUUCGAAAGUAAUAAUCGUAGAUGUAAAUCUGGUGGUAUAUUUCAUCAGAAAUACAGUCUUCUACUAGAUGGUAGAAAUUUGAAAAAUCCAAGAGGAAAACAGUAUCCCAUUAUUCAAGAAGAAUUUUCAUUCAUGGAUAAUCCAGAAACAAGUACUCAAACGUGUAUUAUCGUUCAUGAUUGGGCAUUUCGUGGAUUAGUUGAAGAAGAACGAAAACGAAUAUUAAACAAUAAUAAUAUAAAAAUUGAAAAAAUAUCAUCAUCCAUAAAGAAAAAAUUAAUUAAAGAUAGUGAAAUAUAUUUAAAUGUAUGUAUCAAAAAAAGACCAUUAACAAAGUUUGAACAAGAUUUUUUACGAGAAGUUGAUAUUAUAACAAUAUCAGAUGAGAAGACAAUCAUCUUGCAUAUACCUCAUAUAACUAUAGACAAUCAAGUCUUUAUGAAAAAUCAACAAUAUACGUGCAAUCGAGCAUUUAAUGAAAAUAGUGAUACUAACACUGUAUAUCAAUCAACAUUGGCACCAUUACUUGAUGCUGCCGUUCAAUUAGGAAGCAUGAGUCUUUGUUUUAUAGUCGGUGGAAAAUAUUCUGGUAAAAAUUAUUUGUUACGAUCAUUAACUGAUCAUAUUUCAUUAGAUUUAAUUAAAUUAAUAGAUGAAUAUGAUAUAACAUGUAAAUUACUUGGUAUUUGCUAUAAUCGUGUUGCUGAUUUGUUACAUAAUUAUUUACCAUUACGUAUUUGGAAAGAUAAUUUGUUCGGUUGGCAAGUUUAUCCAUUAAAAGAAUUUAAAUUAUCACAUUCUCAUGAUAUUGACUAUUUGAAUUAUGAAAUGAAAAAACGUCGACGUUAUAUUCAUCAAUUGUUAUUGUUAAACUUUCGUAAUAGACAAGAUUCAAAAAUAAUUGGUUCAUUAUUAUUAGUAACAAUUGCCUCAUCACAAACAAUUUAUUCAAAAACAUUAUGUUCAUAUCGUAAAAAAUUUUUAAUUAAUUCAUUAAAUAAAACAAUGUUAAAUUUUAAACGUGCACUAUUAAAUAUUAAACAAAAUCAGUCAGUAUUUAAUAAUGAUUUAUUAACAAGAAUUAUUCAACCUUACAUAUUAAGUAAACAAUUAAAGGUGUGUUAUAUUGGUACAAUUCAUCCUGGUCAUCGACAUCGAAUUGAAACCAAAUCAACAUUAGAAUUUGCACAAACUUUGAAAUCUUGUUUGAAAAAAAUACAUAAAUAUCAUUGA